AUGAGGGCUGAUUUACUGGUCCCUUCUCUCCUCGUGCUACUUUUGCAGUCCCCCGUCUUAGGAAAGUAUAGGUCAGAGGCUGAGCAGCUCCGACAGUUCCUACAGGCGAACCACGCGUCAGGACCUCACCACCAACCACCUCAACCACGGUCCCUGCCGAGCUAUGACGACUCUUGGACGGUACGGGGUCGGGAAGAUCCCGGCCACCGAUUUCUGAACAAGAAGACGCAGCCUUUCGCCGUUGAUGGAACAAAGAUCCCCGAGGUCUCCUUUGACGUUGGUGAAUCAUAUGCUGGCCUCCUGCCCAUCAGCAACAAAACCGAUGAACAAGACAAUUUGUAUUUCUGGUUUUUCCCUUCCGUCAGUGAAGAGGCCAAGAACAAGAAGGAAAUCGUAAUUUGGCUCAAUGGCGGUCCCGGCUGCUCAUCCCUCAUAGGUCUUCUGCAGGAAAAUGGGCCUUUCCUUUGGCAGGCGGGAAUGACUGCACCGGUGAAGAAUCCCUGGAGUUGGCAUCUGCUCUCUAACGUCGUCUGGAUCGAGCAGCCCGUAUCGACCGGCUUCGCCAAAGGCACCCCGACGGUGAGGAACGAAGACGACGUCGCUAGGCAGUUUAUGGGCUUUUGGAAGAAUUUCAUGGACACUUUUGGAAUGCAGGGCUAUAAGGUAUACGUCGUGGCCGAGUCGUACGGCGGCAGGUACGGUCCGUACAUCUCCAGCCACUUCAUUAACGCCAACGACAGCACGUAUUAUAAUCUUGGCGGGCUGAUGAUCUACGACGGCCUUAUGUUCGACGUCAUGGUGCAGCAGUACGCCAUUGCAGAGAGCUUCAUCGAAGAAAACCGAGUGGUGAUGCCCAUGAGCGACCAGGUCAUGACGUAUCUCCGCAAUCACUCUGAAGGCUGCGGCUUCCAGGACUAUAUGAGCAAAUAUCUAACCUUCCCUCCUUCUGGCCCGGCACCAUUAUAUCCUUCCUGGUUUGAGAAAUCGUCCAAUGGCCUCUGGGAGAUCAAAGAGGGUUGUGGCUCAUUAUGGGAUGAGGGAUUCUACAGCAUGUUAGAACCCAACCCUUGCUUCAACUUCUACAACAUCCCAGAUCAUUGCCCACUGCCCGCCGACCCUAUCGGGGGCUCGGCUCCCUACUUUGACCGCACCGACGUCAAGACGGCCAUAAACGCACCCCUCGAUGUCUCCUGGUUCGCUUGCGCUUCCCAUGACGUUUUCCCACUUGGCGAUGCCUCGAGCGCGCCUGGACUCUACGAGCUGCCCAACGUCAUUGACAAGACCAAGAACGUUAUCAUCGCGCAAGGCGGAAUGGACUACAUCCUUCCCCCGAUAGGAGCUCUCCUGGGCAUCCAGAACAUGACAUGGGGAGGCAAGCAGGGGUUCCAGACGCGGCCGACGGAUCCAUUCUACGUGCCGAAAUAUUACGAGGGUGCCUACGGCGGGGCGAACUCGUACGGCCAGGACUUCCCUUCAGGGAUGGGAGUGAUGGGCACCACGCACCACGAGCGAGGCCUCAUCUUUGUCGUCACGCAGCUGGCAGGCCAUCAGGGUCCGGGGUAUGCCCCGGCCCCGGCGCUGCGGCAGCUCGAGAAGCUCCUGGGGAGGGUGCACAGCUUGAGUGAUACGCAAUCCUUUACGCUUCCCGCGCUCCGCAACAUCCCCCAGUACGACAAGCCGCUGGGCAAGGGGACGUGGCUGUUUCCGUGUUUUGGUAAGGGUUGCUGA